CUUCAACAAAGUACACCACACCCUUAUCUACCCAGGCGCGAUCCUGCACCACCCAUGCAUCUCGGCCGCGGGAGGAACUCCAGGCUUGGCGUGGUCCGGGCCGGACACAUCCUUGCUUUUAACUCCGGCGGCAUAUGCCGAGCCCCUGGGUCGUGUACGGGCAGACCUUGCGUGAAAAGGUGCCUGCAGCUAGCAUUCUGCCAGCCACCUAGCUAGAGCCCGCUGGCCUCGGGCCGGCCCGCUACCUCAAGUGGGUUUCUUGUUAGCGUCGCCAAGAUUACCACGGAUCUUAUGGUGGCCGUGAGCAAUCCAAGGUUUCAGAUAUCGUGCGAUCGCAAAGACUGAGCGCGAGAGUGGCCUGGAGCAUACGUUUUCUGGAUCGCUGCCCUGUACGACGUACUUCAUGUAGGACUUUUCAGGGGCACAUAUCCUAGUCAGGGUGCCUUCCGUGGCGUUUGCUUGAUCUCCAUUGCUG